GAACCCCUAGUAGUUAGAGGACAAGGUUCAGACACAACUCCUCUCCAGGUUACCUGGUGAGUGCGGUCGUUGAGGUAGGAUGAGAAGAGGGAGAGAGCAGAACCUGAGAUACCAGGUCCUGAAGGGAGGACAUGAGGAUCUGGUGGUCCACUGUGUCAAAUGCAGCAGAAAGGUCUAGAAGGAUAAGGACAGAGGAGAGAGAGGCUGCUCUAGCAGUGUGAAGCUGCUCAGAGACAACGAGGAGGGCAGUCUCUGUUGAGAGGCCGGCCUUGACCAGACUGGUGAAGGUCAAGAAGGUUUUUAUGGUGGAGAUAGGAGAUUUGAUUAACGAUAGAUCACUCGAAGAUGAAGAAGAAGUUGAUGUAAUUCGAGUUAUCGAAGAUGGAUUAGUAAAUGAGGAGCGUAUGUCUUCUUUUCUUUUUGUAAAGAAGUCGACAAACUGGUUUGGUAGAAGGGUGGAAAGAUGUAAAAGUAAUCACAUUAGUUUCCUUUUUCAACAAAUAAUUGAAUUCUACUUUUAAUAACAUGUUCUUCUUUUCUUCCUCAAUGUGUGUAGACAUGGCUUCUGCAAACCUUCAGCUGUCUGAAGAUCAGUUCCUGUGCUCCGUCUGUCUGGAUGUGUUCACUGAUCCAGUCACAACACCAUGUGGACACAACUUCUGCAAAAAGUGCAUCACUGAACACUGGAAUGUGAGUGACAGGUGCCAGUGUCCCAUGUGCCAAGAGGUUUUCACCACCAGACCAGAUCUGAGGGUCAACACCUUCAUGUCUGAGAUGGUUUCUCAGUUCAGACAGUCGACUCAGCAGAAAGCCAGCAGCAGCAGCUCAGAGCAACAAGAGUCCAGACCAGGAGAAGUUCCCUGUGACGUCUGCACUGGAACCAAACUGAAGGCCCUGAAGUCCUGCCUGGUGUGUCUGGUCUCCUACUGUGAGACUCACCUGGAGGGUCACCUGUCAAGACCAGGUCUGAAGAGACAUCAGCUGAUGGACCCUGUGGAGAACCUGGAAGACAGGAUGUGUCUGAAGCACGAUAAACCUCUGGAGCUGUUCUGUAGGACCGACCAGACGUGUGUCUGCAUGCUCUGCACUGUGUUGGACCACAAGAUGCACAAUGUUGUUCCUCUGAAACAAGAAUAUGAAGGAAAGAAGGUGGAGCUGCAGAAGACAGAGGCUGAAACUCAGGAGAUGAUCCAGAAGAGACGCCUGAAGAUUCAGGAGGUCCAACACAACGUGAAGCUCAGUGAGGAAGAUGCAGACCGAGAGAAAGCAGAAGGUGUUCAGGUCUUCACUGGUCUGAAGGAGUCUGUGGAGAAA